AUGGAUCCCCGCCUCUCCUUCAUUCUCGCCUCUCUUGUCGAGGCCUUUGCCUUGCAUCGCGUCGUCUUUGCCGAUACGACUCUGCGCACUGUCGCUUUGGCCGUCUUUGGUGUCAAUCUGGGUCUGUUGGCUGUGUGGAAUGUCGCUAUAUACCCGUUCUUCGUGACACCGUUGCGCCACCUGCCCACUGCCCCGGGCAUCCUCAAUAAUCUCAAAGUCGUCUUUGAUGAACCCCGUGGAAGAAUCCCGCUGGAAUGGAUGCGCACCAUCCCCAACGAUGGCCUCAUCCACUACCGCGAUGUGCUCCAACGCAGUUACUUGCUGGCUACCAACCACCAGGCCCUGCUGGAUAUCAUGAGCACUAACACUUAUGAUUUCGAGAAGCCCUUCCGUGCUCGCGACUUUUUGGCCCGAAUCAUUGGUUGGGGUUUGAUUCUGUCUGAGGGCACUGCCCACAGGACGCAGCGCAAGGCCCUGACUCCGUCGUUUAAUAUCAAGAAUAUCCGCGCCUUGUAUUCCCUCAUGUGGGAGAAGACGGGCUUGCUCAUGAACGAGUUGGAGCGCGAGAUGGGCGAACAUGAUGGCAAGGUUGAGAUGAGCGAGUGGGCCAGCCGCCUCACCCUCGACAUUAUCGGCCCCACAGCCAUGGGUCGCGAUUUCCGCUCCCUCCAAAACCUCGACAACAGAGUCGCCGACAGCUUCCUAGCCAUCCUCGAACCCUCCAAGGAGAAGAUGGCCUUCCUGGCCAUCAACUUCACGUUCCCGCAGUGGCUCAUCCAGCGCCUGCCCUUCCGCCUCAACGCCGUCAUCAAUGAGGAGACGGGCUUCCUCCGCAACCUCUGCAAGGACAUUGUGCGCGAGAAGCGCACCAUGAUCACCGAGACAAAAGCCACCUCCCAGACCCUCGAGGCUGACAUCCUCGGCACCAUGCUGCUAGGCGGUGACUUCACCGACGACGAGCUCGUCGACCAGAUGAUGACCUUCCUCGCCGCGGGCCACGAAACCACCGCCAGCGCAUUCACCUGGGCCUGCUACCUCCUGACUCUCCACCCCGAGGUGCAAGAGCGCCUUCGCGCUGAGAUUCGCGAGCGUAUCCCCUCCGGCGACCACCCCAUCACCUCCGCCGACCUGGAAACCCUCCCGCUCCUCAAUGGCGUCUGCCAGGAAGUCCUCCGUCUGUACCCCACUGUGCCCAUCACCAUCCGCGAGUCCGUCCGCGACACCGUCGUCGCCGGCAAGCACGUCCCCCAGGGCACGCGCAUCAUCCUCUGCCCCUACGCCAUCAACCGCAGCCCCGAGUUCUGGGGCGCCGACGGCGACCGUUUCCUCCCCGAGCGGUGGGUCAACGCCGACGGCACGGCCAAUAACACGGGCGGUGCGUCGACCAACUUCGCGCAGAUUACCUUCCUGCAUGGCCAGCGUGCUUGUAUUGGGAAGGACUUUGCCCGUGCCGAGCUGCGCUGUGCGGUUGCGGGUAUUGUUGGCAGGUUUCGCUUUGAGAUGCAGGAUCCGAAGCAGGUGAUUCAUAUUCGGGGGGCUGUUACUACGAAGCCUGUUGAGGGGAUGCAUUUGCGCAUGCAGCGGGUUGAUGCGUGGUAGUUUGUCUUUAAUGAUUGAUGAUGGAUAUUGGUAAGAUUGAGAUAUAGGAUGUUAGCGU